AUGGACCAGCAAAAAUUGAAAGCAUCUUUCCCACCCACCACCGCAGCAUCAAGCCUUGACCUCCCCAUCCCCAACUUAAAUCUCGACUUUCGAAUGUCUGUAUCUUUGAACCCCAAAAUCUCAUUAGGAGACUCCGGCCCCUGGGGUGCAAGGAACUGGAUCUCGUUUCAUGGUGGUACUUGGUCCGCAUCAUGGGGUUCAGGAAGCGUGGAAGCUGGAGGUCAAGAUUCUCAGAUCGUGAAUCCGGAAAGUCUGUACACCUACGUAGAGACGAAUUAUUUGCUCAAGACGAAUGAUGAGAUUCCGGCGUAUAUUGCUGUGAAAACGACGGGGUGGAGGACGGGGCCGAAGGGUGUGUUGGAGAGGUUGUUUGAUCCGGAAUUGGCGGAUGCGGUUGAUGCGAAGGAGUAUAGUUUUAGACUUCAUGUGAGGUUGGAGACUGGGGAUAGUAGGUAUGCGGAGAAGUUGAAUACGGGGAUGUGGAUUGCUUCUGGGGCGAGGAGGGGGAAGGAAGUGAUAUAUGAUGCCUAUCGGGUCGUGUGA